AUGUCCAGGUUCGGCGGCAGAUGGCCGCUGGCCGCCCUGCUGCUUUUACUCGCGCUGCUCCUCGGGGGCGCCUUCUUCUUCUGCGAAUAUCUCAUUUACUUCCCCGCCAUCCUCAAGUGCGGCUGGCCGCGCGUGGAACGCCCGCGCGGCGGCGUCGACGGCCGGCCUCCGGACUCGCCGCCGGUCCGCGCCAUGGUGCUGUCCGACACGCACCUUUUGGGGGCCGUCGGCGGCCACUGGUUCGACAAACUGAGGAGGGAAUGGCAGAUGGAGCGCGCGUUCCAGACCGCACUGUGGCUCCUCAAGCCUGAGGUGGUCUUCAUCCUAGGGGACAUCUUCGACGAGGGAAAGUGGAGCUCGCAAAAGAAUUGGGAAGACGACGUGCGGCGCUUCCACAGAAUGUUUCGGCACUCAGGGGACACGGAGCUGGUGGUCCUGGUCGGGAAUCACGACAUCGGCUUCCACUACGAGAUGGACUGGUUCAAGUUGCAGCGAUUUGAGAAGGUCUUCAAUGCCUCCUCCACCAGAAUGGUCACCAAAAACGGAGUCAACUUCCUGCUGGUAAACAGUGUGGCACUGCACGGCGACGGUUGCCCCAUCUGCCAAUCUGUGGAGAAGGAGCUCAUCAGGCUUUCCAGGGACCUCAACUGUUCUCUUCAGGUAAGUCGGGAGCAAGUCGACGGCUGUGAGGGUGCGCAGGUGUACCCACCCACAGCACCCAUUAUGCUUCAGCAUUACCCGCUUUACAGAGUUAGCGACGCGGGCUGCACUGGUGCCGACGCUGCGCCGCCAGAAGAGCGAAAACUUCUGUUCAGGGAGAAGUACGACGUACUGUCAAAGGAAGCCUCCCAGAGGCUGCUGCAGUGGUUUAAGCCCCGCCUGAUCCUGAGCGGCCACACCCACAGCGGCUGCGAGGUCCUCCAUGACAACAAGUACCCGGAAGUCAGCGUGCCAUCUUUCAGCUGGAGGAACAGGAAUAAUCCCAGCUUCAUUUUGGCGUCCGUGUCACCGGGCAGCUACGCGCUCUCCAAGUGUUUCUUACCGGAGGAGAGCACCGUCAUCGCCGUGUACAGCUUGGCCGGCGCCUGCUUAAUGCUGUUCGUCGUGGCGCACUGCUUGUGGAUGAAGGGCCUGAUGCACUGCCUCAGCCUACUGGGGAAGCAUAAGUCUAUUUGA